AACAAACUAGAGGACACUUUGCCCUUUCAAAUUAGCCGGUCCUCCUCCCUUCUUAAAGUAGCCAUAGCAAUAAAAAGAUAAGUCACCCAAAACCACAAACCCAUUUCCACUUAACUUUUCCAUUCACAUCAAUCAUACUAUCUUUCUUAAUAUUCAAGCUCAUCCCUUAAAUUGAAAGAUUUCAAUCAACACACCAACAUAACAACCAAAACACAAAGCAAUACAAAAAAAAAAAGCACAACCAACAAAAUGGCACUCAAAAUGGCCAUAUGUUGUUUUAGUAAUACUCUUGAUAAAAAUGAUGAACUAGUUCAUCCUAAACAAACUCCAUCACCUUCUCCUCAAAGGGUAUCUCAUUUAGGCAUAAGUAAUAACCUUAACUCCUCCGAAAUAUCGAUCAAUGAGCUUUCGAACUCGCUUCCGGGAUCAAAUCUCCAUGUUUUUAGCCAUGAUGAGCUUAGAUUGAUCACUAAUAACUUCUCUUUGAGUAACUUCCUUGGUGAAGGUGGAUUUGGUGCUGUUUAUAAAGGUUUCAUACAUGAUGAUCUUAGGCCUCGUUUAGAGCCUCAAGCUGUUGCUGUUAAGGUAUUGGAUUUGGAAGGUACACAAGGCCAUAAAGAGUGGUUGGCUGAAGUGAUGUAUCUUGGGCAAUUAAGGCACCUUAAUUUGGUGAAGCUAAUUGGGUAUUCUUGUGAAAAUGACCAAAGGCUCCUAGUGUAUGAAUAUAUGGCUAGGGGUAAUUUGGACAAACAACUUUUUAGCAGACGUUCUGUUCCUUUGCCAUGGUUGACAAGAAUCAAAAUUGCAUUACAAGCUGCAAAAGGCUUAGAAUUUCUUCAUGAACUAAACAAACCAGUCAUUUUCAGAGAUUUUAAGGCUGCUAAUAUACUCUUAGAUGCUGAUUAUACUGCUAAACUUUCAGAUUUUGGGUUUGCUAGAGAUGGACCAGAGGAAGAUAAGACUCAUGUUUCAACCAAAGUAGUGGGCACUAAAGGUUAUGCAGCCCCAGAGUACAUAAUGACAGGUCAUUUAACAACUAUGAGUGAUGUUUAUAGUUACGGAGUAGUCCUAUUAGAGUUACUAACCGGAAGAAGGUGCAUGGAUAAGAAACGUCCCAAAAAGGAGCAAAGUUUAGUAGAAUGGGGAAGGCCUCUACUAAAAGAUCCUCGAAAAAUCGAAGGCCUAAUGGAUCCAAGACUAGAUGGGCAAUAUUCGAUAGAAGGAUCGAAAAUCGCAGCCAUGUUAGCCUACCAAUGCUUAAACAAGCAUCCAAAGACAAGGCCUAAAAUGAGUUCAGUGAUCAAGGUGUUGGAACCCCUUUUAGACCUCAAUGAUAUGCCAUUUGGGGGACCUUUUGUGUAUGUUGUACCAAAAGAAGAUCAAGCAACAAGUAUUAUUAAUAAGGAGGAUAAACCAUUAUGUGAUGUUAAAGAUGAAGAAAAGAAUCACAAUGAAUUGAAUCAAGUGGUAAAUAAAGUAGAAAAAGAGGGUGAAAAGAGAGAAAAUAAUGAGCUUAUAUUCAACCAAAAUGUAGAGAAACAGAGAAAUAGACAUCAAGUAAGGUCAUUAAGGACUAGAGCAGUGGUGUCUGAUUCUGCUCUAUAUAAUAAAGCUCGAUAAGAAGGUUUAAUUUGUUCUAAUUAUUAUGCUUGAAAUUAUAGCAUGUGUACAAAAGUUCUUUUUUUUUGUAAUUUAUUUGAGGUUAUUAUAAUGUACUCAGUUGUAAAAGACUAGAAGAGUACUCAAUUUUUAUGAGUAUUUGUUGUUAGAUAAUGAGGACACCUCUUGGUCAAGAGAACUAAGUUAUGUCAUUUGUUUUUAGCUGAUAUUAUGAUGCUUCAACCAUCUUAAUAUUGA